GGGGCGCAGCGCAAACAUGGCGGCGGCUGGCGCGGGCCGGUGAGGCGGUACCGAGCGGGGGCUGUGGAGUGUCAUGGGUGGUGGCGGCGGUACCGCCCCCGCGUCUCCCUGAGCGGGACGGCCAGGGGGGGCCUCUGCGCGGAGCCGGGCGAUGGACGAGAGCGCCGAACUGGGCGGGCUGGAGACCAUGGAGACCCUCACGGAGCUGGGCGACGAGCUGACCCUGGGGGACAUCGACGAGAUGCUGCAGUUCGUCAGUAACCAGGUGGGCGAGUUCCCGGACUUGUUCUCUGAGCCGCUGUGUAGCUCCUUCCCCGGCAGUGGAGGAUCCAGCAGCGGCAGCGGCAGCGGCAGCAGCACUGGUGGGGGCACGGUCAGCCCUGGCGGAGCCGUGGAGCCCCCCAUGCAGCGGUCUUUCAGCCAGGUCCCCUUGCCUGCCUUCUCUCCCUCAGCCACCUCUCCCCAGACCCCAGCACUACAGGUCAAGGUCCCCCCGACUCCAGUUCCCACCCCGCCAAGGGCCGCUCCUGUUCUUCAGCCCCGGCCCCAGCCCCAGCCUCCACAGCACACUCAGCUGCCGCAGCAGACCGUGGUGGUCAGCCCAACCUUCAGCACCGCCCCCCAGACCAGGAUCAUCCAGCAGCCCCUCAUCUACCAGAACGCAGCCACCAGCUUCCAAGUCCUUCAGCCUCAAGUCCAAAGCCUGGUGACAUCCUCCCAAGUGCAGCCAGUCACCAUCCAGCAGCAGGUGCAGACGGUCCAGGCCCAGCGGGUGCUAACACAGACAGCCAAUGGCACCCUGCAGACGCUGGCCCCCGCCACAGUGCAGACGGUGGCCGCCCCCCAAGUGCAACAGGUCCCGGUCCUGGUGCAGCCUCAGAUUAUCAAGACAGAUUCCCUUGUUUUGACCACACUGAAGACAGAUGGCAGCCCCGUCAUGGCCGCGGUCCAGAACCCUGCCCUCACCGCCCUCACCACCCCCAUCCAGACAACCGCUCUGCAAGUCCCAACCCUGGUGGGCAGCAAUGGGACCAUCCUGACCACAAUGCCUGUGAUGAUGGGGCAAGAGAAAGUGCCCAUUAAGCAAGUGCCGGGCGGAAUCAAGCAGCUGGAGCCCCCAAAGGAAGGAGAAAGACGGACAACACACAACAUCAUUGAGAAGCGGUACCGCUCCUCCAUCAAUGACAAAAUCAUCGAGUUGAAGGACCUAGUCAUGGGCACAGAUGCCAAGAUGCACAAGUCUGGCGUUCUCAGGAAAGCCAUUGACUACAUCAAGUACUUGCAGCAGGUCAAUCAUAAACUACGGCAGGAGAACAUGGUGCUGAAGCUGGCCAAUCAGAAAAACAAGCUCUUGAAGGGCAUCGACCUAGGCAGCCUAGUGGACAAUGACAUGGACCUGAAGAUUGAUGACUUUAAUCAGAAUGUCCUCCUGAUGUCACCUCCAGACUCAGACUCAGGGUCCCAAGCCGGCUUCUCCCCCUACUCCAUUGACUCUGAGCCGGGCAGUCCUUUGCUGGACGACGCAAAGGUCAAGGACGAGCCAGACUCGCCGCCUGUGGCACUGGGCAUGGUGGACCGCUCGCGAAUCCUGCUGUGUUUUCUCACUUUCCUGUGUCUCUCCUUCAAUCCCCUGACAUCUCUGCUGCAAUGGCGAGGGGCCCGGGACCCCGACCAGCACCCCUAUACGGGCUCAGGCCGCAGCAUCCUGUCCUUUGAGUCAGGCUCUGGGGGCUGGUUUGACUGGAUGAUGCCAACGCUCCUCCUGUGGCUCGUCAACGGCGUGGUCGUCCUGAGCGUCUUGGUGAAGCUGCUGGUCCACGGCGAGCCGGUGAUCCCACCACACUCUCGCUCGUCUGUCACCUUCUGGAGACAUAGGAAGCAAGCGGACCUGGACCUCGCUCGGGGGGAUUUUGCAGCUGCUGCCACCAACCUCCAGACCUGCCUGUUGGUGCUGGGCCGGGCACUGCCCACCUCACGCCUGGACCUGGCCUGCAGCCUGUCCUGGAACGUGAUCCGCUAUAGCCUGCAGAAGCUGCGUCUGGUGCGCUGGCUUCUCAAGAAGGUCUUCCAGCGCCGCCGGGCUGCCCCAGCCACCACAGCGGGCUUCGAGGACGAAGCCAAGACCAGCGCCCGCGACGCAGCCCUGGCCUACCACCGGCUGCACCAGCUGCGUAUCACAGGGAAACUGCCUGUGGGCUCCGCCUGUUCGGACGUGCACAUGGCGCUGUGUGCUGUCAACCUGGCCGAGUGCGCUGAGGAGAAGAUCCCGCCAAGCACGCUGGUCGAGAUCCACCUGACCACCGCCAUGGGGCUGCAGACACGCUGCGGAGGCCGCCUGGGCUUCCUGGCCAGCUACUUCCUCAACCGUGCCCAGAGUCUGUGCGUCCCCGAGCGCAAUGCCGUCCCCGACUCCCUGCGCUGGCUUUGCCACCCCCUGGGCCAGAAGUUCUUCCUGGAGCGGAGCUGGUCGGUGAAGUCGGCUGCCAGGGACAGCAUGUACUGUGCCCAGAGGAACCCAGCCGACCCCAUUGGCCAGGUCCACCAGGCAUUCUGCAAGAGCCUGCUGGAGCGUGCUGUGGAAGCCCUCGUGAAGCCCCAGGCCAAGAAGAAGGCUGGCGACCAGGACGAAGAGAGCUGUGAAUUCUCCACUGCCUUGGAAUACCUGAAAUUGCUGAAUUCUUUUGUGGACUCCGUGGGGAUCAUGACCCCGCCCUUCUCCAGCAGCUCUGUCCUCAAGUCAGCCCUGGGUCCUGACAUCGUCUGUCGAUGGUGGACGUCUGCGGUCACCAUGGCCAUCAGCUGGCUCCAGGGAGACGACACCGCUGUGCGCACUCACUUUGCUGAAGUGGAGCGUGUCCCCAAGGCCCUGGAAGUGACCGAAAGCCCCCUGGUGAAGGCCGUCUUCCACUCCUGCCGGGCCAUGCACGCCUCGCUGUCAGGAAAGGCUGAUGGGUCACAGAGUUUCUGUCACUGUGAGCGGGCCAGUGGCCACCUGUGGAGCAGCCUCAAUGUCAGCGCCACUGCUGCCGACCCCGCCCUCGACCAUGUGAUCCAGCUGCUCACCUGUGACCUGCUGCUGUCCCUGAGGACAUCACUAUGGCAGAAGCAGACAGGAGCCAGCCAGGCCCUGGGCGAGACCUACCAGGCGUCGGGCGCCGAGCUGGCUGGCUUCCAGCGUGACCUGGGCAGUCUACGCAGGCUGGCACACAGCUUCCGGCCAGCGUACCGCAAGGUGUUCCUGCACGAGGCCACUGUCCGCCUGAUGGCCGGAGCCAGCCCCACGCGCACACACCAGCUGCUGGAGCACAGCCUGCGGCGACGCACGGCCCAGAGCACCAAGCACGGCGAAGUGGACGCAUGGCCUGGCCAGCGAGAACGGGCCACCGCCAUCCUGCUGGCCUGCCGUCACCUCCCCCUCUCCUUCCUCUCCUCCCCGGGACAGCGGGCAGUGCUGCUGGCCGAGGCAGCCCGCACUCUGGAGAAGGUGGGCGACCGACGCUCCAGCAACGACUGUCAACAGAUGAUCGUCAAGCUGGGCGGUGGCACGGCCAUCGCUGCCUCCUGA